AUGCUGAUAAUUCUAUUGAUGACUAUAUUGCUGAUUUUACAUAAUGGUGAUAAUAUCACCUUCUUCAAUGGAGUCUUUGAAAACGUGGAAGGUGUUGCUUUGUUCUUUGACUGUCUGGGCUCUCACUUCACUUGGCUUCAGUCCAUAUUCACCAGCUUUCCUCCGUUGCUCAACUUGGUGAGCAGAAUGAAGUGUGUGACUGGCAUUUGCCCCAAAGACUUUGAAGACUAUGGCUGUGCCUGCCGAUUUGAGAUGGAGGGCUUCCCUGUGGAUGAAGUAGAUGGCUGCUGUUUUCAACAUCGAAAAUGUUAUGAAGAGGCAACCGAAGAAGAAUGCACCUGGGAUCCUGCUAAAGUCAUCAUGAACAUCAGUUGUCUAACCAAAAACAUCACGUGUGGAUCUGAGGAUUUUUGUGAGCAUUUGCUCUGCAACUGUGACAAAGAAGCGAUUGAAUGUUUCUUGCGUUCGCCCAUUAAUUCUUCCUUGAAUAAUUUUGAUGCUUCCCUCUGCUCCUCUUUGGUGACAGCCGUAACCCAGAAAGAUGCAACUGUUGCUUUUGAUAAUUCUGUACAAAGAGUGUGUGAUCGUUCCUCCUUUCUGCAACGGGGUGACAAUGGGAAACUCAAGCGAGAGUUUCCACAGUUGGGUGAGAUGCUCUACUGCUUGACCGACCGGUGUCCAGAGGACUUCGAAUUAUAUGGCUGCUUUUGUGGACAAGAAGGAAAAGGACAGCCGACUGAUGAACUGGACAGAUGUUGUUUCUCCCAUCAAUGCUGCCUGGAACAAGUUAAAAGACUGGGAUGCCAGCCGGAAAAAAACCCAAGAUCUGAAGUUGUGUGCUUUGAUCACACACCAACAUGUGUUGGAUGGAGCCUGUGUGAAAAUCUCCUUUGUUCCUGUGAUAAAGCUGCAGCCGAAUGCAUGGCUGCAGCCCCGUUCAACGAAAGCUGGAAGUUGCCCAGCAGACCGGCUUGCCAAGAGGACAAACUGGCUUGCCGCUGGGCGGGGCGUGAGAGGCCACCAGACAGCCCCCCGAGAG